CUACAGUUAGUAACACCAAUUUUAACAUAUUAGCUAACUGUAAGGAUUUUUUAAGUGAAAUCCUGAAUCCCCCAUACGCGGCUUUAACUUGAGAAUUAGAAAGAAAACUGAAGAUAUCGGACAGUCCAACACUGGGGCUCACCACAAACCUCCGUUUUCCGUCGUCACCAGGUACAGUCAUAAAAUGACCGAAGCACUCUACCAUGCUCUUAUCACCACAGAACUGUGAAAGGCUUAGCAGUAAACUACUGCCUUGUGACUAACGACUACUGGCCUCAAUUAGCAAAACGAAACAGCGGCGAGAGAGGAGAGGCACCAUCGCCUUCUCCGUAAGACAGUAACCGGACGGAGCCUCCCUUCUCACAUCCAUUCAUCUAUUUCGAUGUGCAUAUGCCCUCCCAAACCAAGCCUCUUUUUGGAAAGAAGUAACGAGCGCACGGGGAGCCCGAGCCGAGGAAAAUCGCUGAAAUGAGAUGAGGCUCAGAAAUGGAACGGUUGCCACUGCGAUUAUUUUCUUCACGUCUUUUCUCAGUCUCUCUUGGUACACAGCCUGGCAGAAUGGAAAGGAGAAAUUGGUAGCGUACCAGCGUGAGUUCCAUGCGUUAAGGGAGCGCCUGCGUGUGGCUGAACACAGAACGCUACAGCGUUCGUCAGAGCUCAACACCAUCCUAGAGCAGUUCAGACGUGCCAUCACAGAGACCAAUGGCAGCAAAGAUGCUCUCAGCAGCUUCUCAGAUGAGACUCAGAAUCUGUUGAAGGCGUUGGCCCACAGGAAGCCACUCCAGGUGCCAAAUGUUUACCACCAUCUGCCUCACCUGCUCAACAAUGAGGGGAGCCUGCAGCCCGCCGUGCAGGUGGGCCAGGGACGAACCGGAGUUUCCAUAGUGAUGGGAAUCCCCACGGUGAAGCGGAAAGUGAAGUCGUACCUGUCUGAGACGCUUCACUCGCUCAUCGAUAAACUGCAGCCCGAGGAAAAACUCGACUGCGUCAUCAUCGUCUUCGUGGGAGAGACGGAGCUGGAUUAUGUACACAGUGUGGUUUCAGCCCUUGAGAAAGAAUUCUCCAUAGAGUUAAAUUCUGGGUUAUUAGAGAUCAUCUCUCCCCCUGCAUCUUAUUACCCUGAUCUCACCAACCUGAAGGAAACUUUCGGCGACUCCAAGGAGAGAGUUCGGUGGCGAACGAAGCAGAACCUGGACUACUCUUUCCUAAUGAUGUACGCGGUUAGCAAGGGAGUGUACUACGUUCAGUUGGAGGAUGACAUUAUUGCCAAGCCCAACUACUUUGCCACCAUGAAGAACUUUGCCCUGCAGCUGUCAUCAGAGGACUGGAUGAUCCUAGAGUUUUCCCAGCUGGGCUUCAUCGGUAAGAUGUUUCAGGCACCUGAUUUGAAUCUGAUUGUGGAGUUUAUAUUCAUGUUCUAUAAGGAGAAGCCCAUUGACUGGUUACUGGACCACAUCCUCUGGGUCAAAGUGUGCAAUCCAGAGAAAGACGCUAAACAUUGUGAGAGGCAGAAGUCCAGUCUUCGGAUUCGUUUCCGACCGUCUCUCUUCCAGCACGUGGGCCUACACUCCUCCCUGGCUGGAAAAAUCCAGAAACUCACGGAUAAGGACUUCCUGAAGCCGCUGCUGCAUAAGAUCCAUGUGAACCCCCCUGCGGAGGUGUCCACCUCUCUGAAAGUCUAUCAGGGCCACACCCUAGAGAAGACCUACAUGGGAGAGGAUUUCUUCUGGGCCAUCACCCCGACUGCUGGAGACUAUGUUCUCUUCAAAUUCGACCGGCCAGUCAACAUUGAGAGGUUCCUGUUCCGAAGCGGGAACCAGGAACACCCGGGAGACAAAAUCGAGAACACCACGGUCGAGAUCCUGCCCUUAUCGGUGAGAGAGAACGUCUCUCUCGAGAGAGAGACUAAAACAAAAUAUAAACGAACAGAUGAUGGGUUCUACAGAAUCGCUCAGUUUGAGAAAGGCGUCGCAGAGGGAACGGUUGACCCCUCCUUCAACCCAGUGGCUGCUCUGCGUCUAUCUGUCCUUAAAGAAUCUGCUGUAUGGGCCAUCAUCAGUGAGAUCCACAUAAAGAAGGUAGCUGGGUAACAGGCAGUUGGAUCUCACUGACGACGGACCUAGAAGGUCCCGCGCGAUAAUGCUGGUCUGCCCAAGCUGGUCUAGCAGCACCAGAACCUGAGUGACAUCAUCAAAGCGAACUGACGCUAUCAAUCAAAGAUGUCACCCAAAGGAAAACGCUGGCAUACUCUCUUUGUAUACCUCCUCUCCUGCCCCCCCCUCCUCUCUCUCUCCUCAUUUCUCCCUCUCUUUUUUUCCCCUCUUCUACAGUCUCUCACGUGUUAUUUCUCUCUGUACCAUUCAUUUGCUUGCUUUUCCUUUGAAUAUUUAUCUCCUUCGUUUAUGACUCUGUGUCCGUGUACCUCUCUAUUUCAGAUCCUGUAUUUCUUUGUGUGAAUGUGAAUACUACUGUAUACAAAUAGUGUAUCAGACACUGAAUUUUGUUUCAAGAGGAGUUGCAAUUUAUGCUGUCUUGAAGGUAUGAUACAGUCAUGAGAGGGUAGUAAGUAUCAACUCUACUAGAGAAUUAGUGGAGCCCCCUGCUGGAACAGAAAGAUAUAAUAAUUCUUGUGUGGACCAGAAAGAACCUUGACUCUUGGCAAAUAUGCACAGUUGGAGCUAAGAAAAAAAAAAAAGCUGAAGGAGAAACAAAGAACUUCUUUUGUUACUUUGUAAUCUAUACACAGAGUUUGUAUCUCUAGUAAAUAGUAAUAUUUUUAAGGAUUUUCUCCCAUGUCUCAUCUUCUAACAAUUCAGGGGUUUUGACACUCCAUUCAACACUUGUUAAAAGUGUUGUGUUCAAAAAUAUGUUACUUUGAAUGAAUGAUUUGCCAAAUUGUUUCUUAGAGCACAGAGGACCAUAUCUUCAUAGAGCCCUUCCUGCACAACAGGAAAGGAGGUUCAUGACCUUCAUUGUCCUUGAACUCGAUCCAAU